AUGGCCACCCAACUUACUCCCUCCAAACAGGCUGCUGCCUCUCUAGAGCAAUUCAAGAUGGAAUCACCAGUUAAGAAGCUGAGCUUCGAGUCUGGAAAAGAGAACUCCCCCGCCGUCGUUGACGCGUCCGCCACCACAUUGGUCAAGCCCGCAGAGAAGCCUACAGUGCAAGCAACCCCCAAGGUUGCUCCUAGUAUCAAGGAGAUGGAAGCAAAUGAGCCUCUUCUUCAGGAGAACCCUCACCGAUUUGUUCUUUUCCCAAUCAAAUAUCAUGAGAUCUGGCAAAUGUACAAGAAGGCCGAAGCAUCCUUCUGGACCGCCGAGGAGAUCGAUCUCUCGAAAGAUUUGCAUGACUGGAACAACCGCCUCAACGACGAUGAACGUUACUUUAUCUCGCAUGUCCUCGCCUUCUUUGCUGCCUCCGAUGGCAUUGUCAACGAGAACUUGGUUGAACGUUUCAGUGGUGAAGUCCAGAUUCCUGAAGCUCGAUGCUUCUAUGGUUUCCAGAUCAUGAUGGAAAACAUUCACUCCGAGACAUACUCUCUCCUCAUUGACACCUACAUCAACGAACCCAAGCAACGUACCUAUCUAUUCGAUGCUAUUGACAACAUUCCCUGCAUUCGCAAGAAGGCUGACUGGGCUUUGCGCUGGAUCUCGGACAAGGAGUCUACCUUUGCUCAACGCCUUGUCGCAUUCGCUGCCGUUGAAGGUAUCUUCUUCUCUGGCUCCUUUGCCUCUAUCUUCUGGUUGAAGAAGCGCGGUUUGAUGCCUGGUUUGACCUUCUCCAACGAACUCAUCUCUCGUGACGAGGGUCUUCAUACCGACUUUGCCUGCAUGCUCUUCUCCCACCUCAACACCCGUCCCAACCCCAAGGUUAUUGAAGACAUUAUUGUCGACGCUGUUGCCAUUGAACAAGAGUUCUUGACAGAUGCUCUUCCCUGCGCCCUGCUCGGAAUGAACUCUAAGUUGAUGUGUCAGUAUAUUGAGUUCGUUGCCGAUCGUCUUUUGGUCGCUCUUGGCAACAAGAAGUACUACAAUGCUACCAACCCCUUCGACUUCAUGGAGAACAUCUCUCUUGCCGGCAAGACCAACUUCUUCGAGAAGCGUGUUGGCGACUACCAGAAGGCUGGUGUCAUGAACAGCACCAAGAAGGACAAGGAAGCCACCACCGAGAAGAAAGAUGAAAAUGCCGGCGGUCUCAGCUUCGACGAAGACUUCUAG